AGUAGUUUUCCUUGCUUUUUGAAUUGAGUUGUAACAGCAGGCUGACACCUUCUCCGGGCUGUUUUGAAGUAGUUUGCUAUCAAAACUCAAAAGCUGCCACAUUUCGAGAAUUUGGGCUGUUUUACGUAUGAAAGGCAAAAUGCAGUGAUAUCAGACUUGAGAUUUAACGGAGACAUGUUACGUAUUUUUUGAGGAGUGUUUUGGACUGAAAAGGAAUUACCAGCAAUUCUUCGUUGUAUUGUUGACUUACUAGCUCGGUAGCUAGCUAAGUUAGCUAGAGAGCAUACGGAAUUUUACUGGCUCAGCAGCCAGUUUAUUUCCGAUAACUCCCUUUUUGUCAUUCUGGCAGAACAGACGUUUGGACAGUUUGGUGCCUCCUAAGGUUCCUGCCAUGGCUGACAGCAGCAUAGUGACUUUAGGGACAGCUCGGAGUCUGUUGGUGGAUUCCUCUGUCUAUGAUUCAAGGAUCGCCGAAACCACCAAGGACCAUGUAUUUCUGGGCAUGGCAUGUGAAGAUGGGGAAGAUAUCCUGCCAAAAGUGGAGACGAGGGUUGUUCUGGUGGGAGAAGCGGGUAGAAAUGGAGCGCUGGUCAAAGCACUGCAGGCCAUCAGAGUAAUGGAGGUACCAGUGGUAAAGAUAAGAGAAGGCGAGGCGGGUGCCGAGGAGAAAAUGAUGAUAAAAUCUAUAGUUAAUAUGGACAUCAGCACCCCAUGCAUAAUGACAGACAAUGUUCAGGAGUUUGGAGAGGAAGACAACACUGAUUUUGAGACAGUGUUUGUCCUCACAGACUUUGAUUCUCCUGACUACAGCUUCCUCUACAAACGUGACAACCGCAUUAUUGGGCCUCCUGUUGUGCUGUACUGUGCUGCGAAGGAAGAACCUCUACAGUUUUCAUGCCGUCCUCUGUACUCCACCACCAUGCUUAACCUGUCACUAUGUUUCACUGGCUUCAGGAACAAAGAGGAAAUGAAGAACUUGGUGAAUCUGGUUCAUCACAUGGGUGGGACCAUCCGUAAAGAUUUCAGCACCAAAGUCACCCAUCUCAUCGCCUACUCCACUCAUGGGGAGAAAUACAGGCUGGCAGUGUGCCUGGGGACACCCAUUCUCACUCCAUCAUGGAUUCUUAAGGCCUGGGAGAGGAGAAAUGAUGUGUUCUUCCAUGCAGGAGAAGAGGAGUUUCGAACAGAGUUUAAAGUCCCCCCCUUCCAGGACUGCAUCCUCAGUUUUUUGGGUUUCUCAGAGGAAGAGAAGGCCAACAUGGAGGAGAGGACUCUUAAACAUGGUGGUCGCUAUCUUGAGGUUGGAGAUGAGAGCUGUACACACAUAGUGGUGGAGGAGAACUCAGUAAAGGAGUUGCCAUUUUCUCCCUCCAAGAAACUCUUCGUAGUCAAGCAGGAGUGGUUCUGGGGAAGCAUUCAAAUGGAUGCUCGAGCAGGAGAGUCCAUGUACCUCUACGAGAAGAAUGACAGUCCAGCAAUGAAGAAGGCAGUGUCCCUCCUGUCCCUCACAACACCCAACAGUAACAGGAAGCGUCGGCGUCUGAGGGACACGCUGGCUCAGCUCACCAAGGAGACAGAGAUCUCGCCUUUCCCGCCACCACGUAAAAGGCCGUCAGCAGAGCACUCUCUGUCCAUGGGUUCUCUGCUAGACGUCUCUAACACCCCUGAGACAUGCAAGGCCUUAAUAGCACGCAGAGUAGGAAAUGGUUCAAAGAGCAAAGGAGACAAUACUGUGACCAGGAAUAAGAUGAGAAGAAGGAAAAACUGGAAAAGGAGUGUUAGGACAGACAGGGAUGAGUGGAGGAAAAAGUCCUACCUCAGUACAAGUACUCUCCAACAACCACAGGAGGAGCAACAGCAGCCAAGAACUUCUGCAGAGAAUUCGAAGCCAUCCAGGAGUUCGACUCCAGUUGUGUCCAAGCAGUCAGCCAGGUGGCAGGUUUCCAAGGAGCUCUACCAGACUGAGAGCAACUAUGUUGACAUUUUAAGCACCAUCUUACAGCUUUUCAAACAUCCAUUGGAAAAAGAGGGGCAGGUCGGUGGACCCAUCCUGGCCCAAGAAGAAAUUAAGACGAUAUUUGGCAGCAUCCCAGACAUCUACGCUGUUCAUACCAGGAUAAAGAGUGACCUUGAGGAGCUCCUGACACACUGGUUAGAGGACAGAAGUGUAGGAGACAUCAUUCUCAAAUAUUCUAAAGAGUUGGUGAGGACCUACCCACCCUUUGUCAACUUUUUUGAAAUGAGCAAGGAGACUAUUGUUCGCUGUGAGAAACAGAAGCCACGCUUUCAUGCUUUUCUCAAGAUCAAUCAAGCCAAACCAGAGUGUGGCAGGCAAACACUGGUGGAGUUGCUCAUCAGACCUGUACAGAGACUACCUAGUGUGGCCCUUCUUCUCAAUGACAUAAAGAAACAUACGUCAGAUGACAACCCCGACAAGAUAACACUGGAAAAAGCAAUUGAUUCUCUGAAAGAAGUCAUGACUCACAUCAAUGAGGACAAGAGGAAGACUGAAGGCCAGAAGCAGAUCUUUGAUGUUGUUUAUGAAGUCGAUGGCUGUCCUGCCAACUUGCUGUCAUCCCAUCGGAGUCUGGUUUACCGAGUAGAAACAAUCGCCCUGGGAGACCAGCCCUGUGAUCGUGGAGAACAUGUCACACUCUUCCUCUUCAACGACUGCCUUGAGAUUGCAAGGAAGCGACACAAGGUGAUCAGUACAUUUAAGAGUCCACUGGGACAGACAAGACCACCGCCACCACUCAAACACAUUGCACUGAUGCCGCUAUCCCAGAUUCGAAGAGUGUUGGACCUGCAGGACACAGAGGAGUGUAUGAAUGCAUUUGCCUUGGUGGUUCGCCCUCCAACUGAACAGGAGAACUUGUUGUUCAGCUUCCAACUGGCUGGAGAGGAAACAGUUAAAAGCGCCUGGCUGCGAACACUUUGCCGCCAUGUUGCCAACACCAUCUGCAGGGCUGAUGCGGAGGACAUGAUUCAGUGUACAGACCCAGACUCACUACAGAUCAACACCAAGGAUAUGGACAGCACCUUGAGCAAAGCCUCCAGGGCCAUUAAGAAGACCUCUAAAAAGGUGACGAGGGCAUUUUCUUUCACUAAGACCCCAAAACGUGUGAUCCAGAGGGCGUUCAUGGCCAACAGUACUCCAGAUGAGAAAAACCAGAGGCUGAGUUGUGAAAACCGCAUGAGCAGCAGCAGCUCCACACUGGCUAUGUCUCGCUCUGCCUCUACAUUCAGUUUGAGUGAUUCUGCCAAGAGCAAUGCUGUGGUGCAGCGCUCUAACUCUCUUGACCACCCUCCUGUCAGAGCCAGGGUCCCUGUCUGUAUCCGUACCCCCUGCAGCCCAGGCCAAAACCUUGCCAAUAGCCCUGGUCCCAGCACUGCUCCUGAGUUCAGCCAGGGAUUGUGCCCCAACUAUUACUCUAGCACCCAAGACCCCAAGUCCAUCAUUCAUGCAUCAUUAUUGGCCCAACCAGCACAACCUCAUUCAAGUCUCCCCACUUCCCAGCAGUCCACCACUUCAAACCGUUCCACCUCCACUUCCAUUCCUGCUAUCCGAAACCCCACUCAGCUCAACUCAAAAAAUUCCCAGCCAAAAUCAAGCCAAGAUGUUCCCAGACACCUAUCCUCUGUAGGGUUACAGCUAAGGUCCCUGGCUCCUCAGCCUGUUAAUGUCAAAGGCAGGACCUUUUCUGAGUCGUGCAGGGAUCCCCAAGUCCCCUUGGACCCACACAAGGCUGUCCUGACCAGUCAUCGCAGGGAGACUCUGCUCUAAGCCAUCGCUAAACUCAAUCCUGGAGCCUCAUGCACACCAUUCCCCCUCCAUGGUCAAUCUGCCGUCCAUGUUUGAGCGGAAGUAUCACACAUUCAGCCGUUCGACCACCCACCUCUUCUGAGACGCUGUUACCUGGAAAAACCUGCAGGGGUCAGCACAUCUUUUCAGCUCCUCCUCCUUGACCAAGCGCUAACAGCAACAUCUGCCAUGGACAUGUGUACAAAGUUAAAGCUACAUGCAAAGCAGUGUCCAUCACUGGAGCUCUUGACAAACUCUUCAAAUCCAGAAGAAAUGGCAUUUAGCUAUAUUUGGAAAAAUGCGCUGUAGCCAGAGACAUCAAUCUGUUAUGUGGCAAUAUCAGAAUUGUCCAGCUACUGCUAAGAGUGCCUCCUAGCUGGAACGUGGGUCAAGUAGGGUUAAAACAAUAAAACAAUUAUUCACCAACAUAUGAUGUAUUCAGCUAGAACUAGUCUGUGUUACUGAGAAGUAGCAAGAAAAAGAUGAUACCAUUCCUGAUCUGACAAGGCAGUUCGGUGCGUCUUUCCAAACAUACACAACGCUUGAAUUCAUAUUACUAGGAGCUAACUGGAACGGUACUACACCAUGCUAGGGUGUUAUAGGUAUGUGAUUACCACUGGUUCUGGUAAAGUUUGCCAUACCUUUCUAAAUGAAGGAUGCUCUGCUUAUUGUCUGUAUUUGUUAAUAUAUUCUCUUGACGUAAUUCAUUUUCUGUUAAUGUACUUUGUUACAUUUUGUAUACAUACAUUGCCUGUUCAGAGUCCUGAUUUGUCAUCAUUGUACAGUGAAUUGUUAACACUAACUACAGACCAAGUAAACAACAUGUCUCAUCCUCUGGUUUAAAUGAGGACUGCAUGCUGUCCCCAGAUGUUCCUGGAUGUUUGUUUAAUUUCACUGUACUUUAGUAAAGUAAAUUAACAUUUAAUUUUAGAUGCUGACAUAUUUCUGUGCAGACUACAGGCAACAAAGGUAACAGAUAACAAAUGCAGGUUGCUAACCAGUUAAAAUUUUUUACCUUUCUUGCCCUUUACUGUGUCAUUGUUUUUUUUUUAUUAGUUUACUCUGUGAGAGAGCUGUAUAUUAACUUAGAUUUAAUGUUGUUUUAUUGUAAUGGGGCUAGGCUAAAUUUAACCAGAUAUUACUUAUUGUAAUUAACCCACCUUUUAAUGUAAAUUCAUGAUAGCUUCCAGCUUUUAUAAAGCUUCUAUUUUAACAUUUAAGAGAUUCGGUGGAGAAGAAUAAAAGUGCGUAUGCUCUGAUUUCCUGUACGACCAUCCAAAUUUUAAAAGAGGAUUUUAGUCUGUCUACAUUGUGUCUGUGUAUCUAUGUCUAUGUUCAAGAAGGGAUCCUGCGUCAGUGUACAUAUUUAUUCUUAAUGAACACAUUUUAUACAUGUAUUCUUUUUAUUAUUCUUCUUUUCUUGCUAUUUAUGUUAACCCCCCCCCCAGUUAUAUGUGUUGUUUCACUCAUUUGUUUUCUUUGAGCUUCAGUCGUCUCUGGUGGUUUCAAUUCUGUAUUAAAUGCACUUAAACAUGUACCUUAAGAGUUCUGCUUUGUUCUCCUACUCUAUGUAUGUCUCUUCUAUCACCUCAACAUUAAAAAAGUUAUACAUUCUGUUCAUUUGUAGGGGAGCUGACUAAAAUUUGUGUUAAAAUAAAUUUUCAUUUCCUCUUUA